AUGAACGAAGAACAAAAAGGAUAUAUUAACGGAUCCCUUGAUUGCAAAGAGCAGUUGAUCAUUGAUUCCAUCAUCUAUAAACAAGCUAGGAGAGAAAACAAAAACAUAUAUACUGCUUUUAUUGAUUAUUAUUAUAAGAUAGCUUAUGAGAAAAGUUCUGAAUUCUUAACUAAUUUUAGGUGUCUUAUUGACUCGUUUAGAAUUAGGGUCACUAUUUCUCAGUUUACGAGAUCAACUGGAUAUAACUGGGAAUUAUUUAAGACCACAGUGCUCGACCUCGUGUGUAAACACUCCUCUAGUAUUAGCAUCAAAAGAUCCUCAACUAAACCAUGA